AUAUCUCUCCUCUCUUAUAAUCGGUCAACCAUCCCCCUCCCCACGCACGCAGUCUUCGUACUAUCCGGUCGUUACCACGAUAACAAAUGAUAGAUAGAGAGAGAAGGCCAGAUUAAAGAAGAGGGGAGGAGAGAGCACAAAGAAAGAGAGAGAGAGAGAGAAAACAGAACACCACCUACAAUAACAAAGAUAACUCCUCUAUCCCCUCCCUUGUUGAUGGCCAACCCUGUUCUUCAACCCUCCAUCACCACCACCACCUCAACAUGACUCACCUCCGCCGGACCUUGCUUCGCCUCGACCGCAAAUGGGCCUGCUUCGUCCAGCUCGCCGUCGUACGCCGCUUCUUCCACCUCCUUUGGGACCGCCUCCUCACAUGUUCUUCGCCCGGCGGCCACGCCCGGUACCGGCGGCUCAAGGGGUGCUUCUCGCCGCAGCUCAUGGUGGUCGAGGACGCUCCCCUGGCUGCCGCCUGCCCUGCGGCCGCAUACGGCGAUGUCGACGUGGAUUCCGACUUGGUGCCGCUGAAGAUCAGCCUCCUCGGCGACUGCCAUAUCGGAAAAACAAGCUUCAUGGUUAAGUAUGUGGGUGAUGUGGAGGAACAACAGGGGUUGCAGUUGACAGGACUGAAUUUAAUGGAUAAGAUUUUAGUCGAGGGGGCGAGGAUUGCAUUUAGUAUUUGGGAUGUUGGAGGUGAUCGUCAAUUUCUUGAUCAUGUUCCCAUCGCUUGUAAAGAUGCUGUGGCGAUUCUUAUUAUGUUCGAUCUAACCACCCGUCGCACACUAAAUAAUGCUAUCGGCUGGUAUCAACGGGCAAGAAAAUGGAAUAAGACAGCGAUCCCUAUAUUAAUAGGAACAAAAUUUGAUGACUUUGUUCAGCUUCCUCUCGAAAUGCAAUGGACGGUUGUGAAUCAGGCCAGAGCAUGCGCAAGAGUGAUGAAUGCAACUCUCUUUUUUUCAAGUGCCGCCCACAACAUAAAUGUGAACAAGAUUUUCAAGUUCAUCAUAGCCAAGCUCUUUAACUUGCCAUGGACUGUAGAGAGAAACUUGACACUCGGAGAACCCAUCAUCGAUUUCUAGGGUUCUCUCUUUCUUUUUUCUUUCUUCUGUUUUGCUUUCUUUAGUUAACCUUUUGUCUUGCAAGUGCAAGAUUGUACAAAGCAAAAAAUCCCAUCAUGCCCUGGUGUUUAUCCAGGUGUUUCACAGUAAUUUUCCCUAAAACUAAUUGUGUUAUAAUCAUCAUUAUUAUAAGGAAAAAUAAAUUUUGAUGCAGCAUGUCUACAA